AUGUGUAAGGGAUUCGGCUCAACCCUGAUCGGACCCGCGUUUCAAUGGUACAUUAAUCUACCUAUCGGAUCCAUAUCUUCGAUUGCAACUCUCAGCGAUGGGUUCGUGGAGCAGUUCGCAAGUAGCCGGAACAUGGAGAAAACCUCGGACAGCCUCUAUGAAAUCCUCCAGCAUCAGGUCGAACCCCUUCGCGAUUACAUAGAUUGGUUCAAUCAGGAAAAGGUAUCGAUUCCUGAAUGCAACGUCACCACAGCAAUCUCAGCCUUCAAAAGAGGCCUGCUCCCAGACAUGGAUCUCUACAAGGAACUGACCAAGUAUCAGUGUAAAACUAUGGAAGACGUAUUAUCCCGAGCCUGGGCCCAGGUACAUGAGCCGUCCACCGAGAGAGCGGAAGGGAUGUCGGUGUCUAACUGGCCAGAUAUCUCACACUUGUCUGUAUCCCAACCAGAGCUAAUCAACGCCCUAAGGCAGAUGGGUCAACAGGUUAAAUGGCCACCGAAGAUGAGGGUACCCGAUUCCUUCCAGAACCCCAACCUCUUGUGUGAGUUCCAACGUGACCAUGGUCACAAGACGGAUGAUUGCGUCGCAUUGAAGAUCGAAGUCAACGAACUACUCCAAAAGGGAUACCUUCGGGAGUUCCUCUCAGAAAAGGCGAAGAACCUCCUAACCAGAGCCGUCCACUCGAGAGAGCGGAAGGGAUGUCAGUGUCUACCUUGCCAGAUAUCGCACACUUGUCUGUAUCCCAACCAGAGCUAA